GACGAACGACUUGUUCGAAAAUACAACAAGGAAGUGACCGUUUAUUGUGGAGGAAAAUAAUCACCGGAGAAAACAUCUCUUCAAACCGGGGGUCGCUUCGCUCGGUUGUUGGGUGUCGGGGGGGGGUAAAGUCAGCGUGGACUUGCCCGAGAGCCCGUUUGUGAUCGUCUCGAGGGAUUCUGCCUUUAGCCAGCUAGCUAGCUAGCGAUGAACACGGACGUGGAAUUUCACAUCAGGCAGAAUUAUCCGUGGAACAAGCUCCCCGCUAACGUCAAACAGAGUUUGGGGAACUCUCAGCGAGAAUAUGAGAAACAUGUGCUGCUGUACAGCAUCCGUAACCAGCUGCGAUUCCGCAAUAACUUAGUGCGCCACGUGAGGAAGGAUGAGCGCAAGUAUUACGAAGAGCUGCUGAAGUACAGCCGGGACCACCUGAUGCUGUACCCGUACCACCUGUCUGACAUCAUGGUCAAAGGGCUGCGAGUCACUCCGUUCUCAUAUUACAUUGGAAUCAUGGAGGAUAUUAUGAACAGUGAGAAGAGCUAUGACUCCUUGCCCAACUUCACCGCUGCUGACUGUCUGCGGCUGCUUGGCAUCGGGAGAAACCAGUACAUUGAUCUGAUGAACCAGUGCAGGUCCUCCAAAAAAUUCUUCCGCAGGAAAUCGGCACGGGACCUGCUCCCGGCCAAACCAGUAGAGAUCUCAGUGGAGCCAUGGUGGGUUGCACAGACGGGCUACAUCACCGAAGACGAUAUCAGGAUCUGUUCUCCAGCAGAGAAGAAAGCCAUUGAUAAGAUGAUAGAUUCUGGUCCUCAGCUGGCUGGAUCAAUGGAGUACAAUGUCGUCUUAAGCUUGUACAACCGGGGCUUCAUCUACUUGGAUGUUCCCAUCUCUGAUGACAGCUGCAUCUCAGUGCCCCCGCUGGAAGGCUUUGUCAUGAACCGUGUCCAAGGUGAUUACUUUGAAACGCUUCUCUACAAAAUCUUUGUGUCCAUUGAUGAGCAGACAAACGUAGCAGAGCUGGCGAAUGUGUUGGAGAUUGACUUGGACUUAGUGAAGAAUGCAGUCUCCAUGUACUGUCGUCUCGGCUUUGCCGUAAAGAAAGGUCAGGUGUUCAGCUCAGACCAGCUUCAUCCUACCUGGAAGAACGCUCCUUCUGUCAACAGGCUCAAGAGCACCAUGGACCCUCAGAAGAUGCUGCUGUCCUGGGAGCAGGGCAGUCCUGUCAUGGAGGGGGGCUCCUCUGCCACAGACACCGACACCACUAGUCUGGAAGACCAAGCAGACACAGCCAGCGUCAGCAGCCUGAGCAUCCCAGCCGCUCCCACCAAGAGAAUCGCCUUCCUCUUUGACUCCACCCUUACCGCCUUCCUCAUGAUGGGGAACCUGUCUCCGAACUUGAAGAGCCAUGCGGUGACCAUGUUUGAAGUGGGUAAGCUGUCUGAUGAGACUCUGGACAGCUUCCUGGCUGAGCUGGAGAAGGUGGAGAGCACCGCAGAGGGCGAGGCCCAGCGUUACUUUGACCACGCUCUUACACUGAAAAACACCAUCCUCUUCCUGCGCUACAACAAAGAACUCACUCAGGACCAGGGACCUGAUAUCCCAAAUAUAGGUUUCCCCUUGGACAUGUUGCGCUGCGAGAGCCUGCUGGGUCUGGACCAGGCCACCUGCAGCCGCGUCCUCAACAAGAACUACAAGCUGCUGGUGUCAAUGGCGCCGCUCAGCAACGAGAUCAGACCCAUCAGCAGCUGCACGCCUCAGCACAUUGGCCCAGCCAUCCCCGAGGUGAGCUCCAUCUGGUUCAAGCUGUACCUGUACCAUGUGACCGGCCAAGGCCCGCCGUCUCUGCUGCUCUCAAAAGGCUCCAGGCUCCGCAAACUUCCGGACAUAUUCCAGGUCUAUGACAGGUUGUUGAUCACUUCCUGGGGCCAUGACCCUGGAGUCGUCCCCACAUCCAACGUGCUGACGAUGCUCAAUGAUGCCCUCACACACUCUGCUGUUCUUAUCCAGGGUCAUGGUAUGCAUGGCCAUGGUGAAACAGUCCACAUCCCAUUCCCCUUUGACGAGGAGGAUCUGAAGGGAGAGUUCUCCUACUCCAACAUGUGUGUGCACAAAGCGCUGCAGAAGCUGAAGGGACAUGUGGACCUGGAGCACCAGUGCGGCUACAUCACCAUGCUCAACUCCAACAACAGGCACCGACGCAGAACCAGCGACAGUGCUGAGUGCAGAGGAGACACCCAUCUAGGUGGAGGCCUGGACACCAAUGGUAGCACUGAGUCCUUCGAGCUUGUGACAGAAGAGAACAACGGGGAAGGCAAAGGGAAGACAGACACCCUUUCGUCUGAGGAUGAGUGGGUCCCUCUGGAACUGUGCUUCGGCAUGCCUCUCUUCAGCUCCGAGCUCAACCGCAAAGUGUGUCGAAAGAUCGCGUCGCACAAACUCUGCAGCAACGAAAGCCUUCAAGAACUACUUCACUCAAGCCGAAAGCUGUCGCUGAAGGUGUUGAGCUUUGUUCAGUCAUUCCAGGACUGCAGCCAGCCCUCCGACCUGGACAGCGGCGUGUCGAACCCUCUCAGUCAGCCCCCGGCGGAGUCCGGUGUCCCCCUGCCCGCCCUCAACCUCCUCUUCAAGGACGGACAGCUGAGGGAGUGGAGCGGGCGGGCCCCUCCUGCUCUGGACAUCUCGGCCCUGCAGAAGGACCAGCCCACAUAAAUCAGCCCUCACCCCAAAACUUCCAGAUUUGCUCACGAGGAAAAAGCGACAUCUCCUUGAAAAGGACCACCCUCUCUUGCAGCCUGAGGAAAGGCUUAUUCGAGGUUCAGCUGUGCGUUUUCAUAUCCGAUCACAAGGAAACACUCAGUCAUAAACUUUGCCCUAUUGUCCAUCAGUAUCCAGUCAUGGGAAAAUUAGCCCCGCCAGCACUUUGUCAUUUACCUACUGUAUGAGGAAUCAUCCUUGCCAACACUAGUUUGAACCCCGCCCCCCCUCGCUGUUUCCCCUCUGUGAUUCCUCGUAUUCGUAGGCAGUGUUAUCUGUUGGAGUGGUGCUAUUAUCACAGUAUAUAACAGCGAUGCAGGUAAACAGCAUAUAACCUGGAAGACCAUUUAACUGGAAACACAAGCACUGUUCUCCACUGACUACCCCCCCCAACCCUCUCCCCUUUCCCACCCACCCUUUAAUCAAUGGAUGUUUUGUGAUCCUAGAGAGCGGAGUGUAAAGUGCUUAAUAUUGUAUAGAUGUUCUAAAAAUGACCCACAAAAUAAACGUUGAAGUGUUGAACAGACUUCUUCAGGAAUCAUUUGACGAUAUGCAUAUUCCAGGACCAAGUCUUUGGACUUGCCAGACAAAGGAGUGAGUCUAAAUACAGAGUCCUCCGCUGCCUCCCUGUGUUGUCUCAUGUUAAGUGAUGCAUGAUACUGUUGCACAACUUGUACCAUUAAAACAAAAAACAAACAAAAAAAAAAACAAAAACAAAACAAUCCUCUUUACUUGUAAUCAAUAUUGGGCAUUUUUUUUAUUUGCACUGUGCAGGAUUUCCCUAAACCUGUGGAUGAAGUAAUGUCAUAUAAUUUUUUUCUUUCUUUCUUUUUUUUUUUUAUAAUGUUGGAUCCCUUGUAGUGCGCACAUGAUUUUAAAGCUCACGUUUACCAUGAGGAAGUGUUUCCCUUUGGAAACUCAGACAUGUUAAAAACUGACUGGGCAUCAGUGUAAGUGCUGUUUUUUUUUGUAGUCCUUUGUUAUCAUUCUUUCUCAGUGCAAGAGAAAACCAAAGACCAUUUUUUUCCUGUAAAGUUAUUUUAUUUUUUUUAAACUUCUGUUUUACUGUUCUUCCUGUUAUUUUGUUGCCUUAUUACUGUCAGCCAAUCAGAACCAACCAGGUAAUUUGCUUUUGUUUAGUUUUAUGAUUUUUUUUUUUUACAUUUUACAGAUUUUUCAAAUGAUUUAUAUGCAUUUGAGUGUAUAUAACCAAUAAAAUCAGCAACUUUGGGUCACAAACUUUCAACCAUCACCCCUGCUCAAGAAUUCAACAAGAUUAACAAAGUGUACCUAAUUGCAUAGGAUGGGAACAGUCAGGUCUGUGUGUUUGACCCAGGCCUGUUGCCACUGGUGCCUGCCAGUGUCUCUCCCUGGAUGGGCUCCAGUUUGUGUGCAGUGCGGUGCACUCUUGGCCAUCCCACCACACUCUCCAAGGGAUUAUGUUUACACCAUGUUUUGAGAAAUGGGGUUUGUAGUCUAGAGAGAAGAAGGCGACUUCGCUGUGAAAGCUGUCACAGACCCAAGGGAUGGAAAUGCUAAUGCUUUGCCCAGCUUCUCAGAGAUGUGAUGGCCCAAAAAGUGUCUGAAGUCUGUCAUGAAUUUUCAGUGUGGCACCAAGAAUACAGAGUACUUUAUAUUGCAUUUAGAAUGGUAACCCAUUUUUAUUGAGUUGUUUCUUUCUUUUUAUUUCCCAGGCAGGAAUCUGUCUUCUGCAGUUUUUGACCCACUUGUGGUUGUUGUUUCUAAUAAUGUGAUGCUGAAAUAGAAGGAAAAAAAAAGACUUAACAUGAGGUCCUGUUGAAGCAUGACUGUGUAGAAACUGUUGUGUGUAUGUUGUGUAUGCGUGUGUACUGUUCACCUCACUCUUGGUCUUUUGGUGUGUUUUCAUACACACCUACCUUUCACAAUAAGAGUUGCCCCCCCCCCCCCCCCCCCCCCGAUCCUGCUUGUCUGUUAUCCGGUUGCAGUUAUUUGGUCAUCCCAGAUAUAUCCCCCACCCUCUCCCAGGUAUACAUCCACCACAGUGUUUAAAAAAAAAUGCUAGUUUUAUAUGUCAGCCUAUAUUUUAGGAAAUCUUUGUUGUAGCUUGUUUAAUGGGACUGUGAAUAUCAUUGACAGACUUAAUGAUGAUGCUCUUGUAAUUAAAUGGGUUAAAAAAAAUCGUGAGAAAAGAAAGUGACAUUCCGUACACAUUCCCUCCUCUUCCAUUCUUGCUCCCCUCGGCUCCAGAUACAUGUUAUUAUUACAAAUAAAUAUGUAAAAAGUAUAUGAAAAUAUAAAUAAAUAUGUAAUAAGAACAAACUCUUUUUUUCCUCCC